UGGUGUGUUUUUAUUCAUUUCGCUUCUCUUCCUUGCAUGUUUGCGUAAUAUUACUUGCUGUGCCUUCUGGAAAAUCAGGGCAGGGAGAACUUCAGCAGUUCGGGGCACUCUAUCGAGACAGUUCCAUGCUGAGGGCGAGCAUCUCCUAUUUUUUCACAAAAGUGUAGAUCUACGUGUAGAAUUUGGAAACGAAGGCACUCCACGGUCAUAAAAGGCUGGCCGGUGAAACGCGUGAGGGUAGUGUAGGCAGCUGGACUGCAUGGAUUACUCGGCCGGCCGUAUCCGGUCAAAUCGCUAAGGACUUGCCUCAUGCCGGUAACUCUGAACCUGCCUGAACUUUGAGCGUGCUGAAGAGGGAGCCGAGUUUGGACGGCAAUCGCUUGUGUUGAGUUUCUCCUUGCCUUUCUCGAACCCUCAGCUGAGCUGCCUGCUGUAUCUACAGUUUCUGAAGGGUUCAACAGUGGCUCAUCAUUGUACGUGUACGUGAUUAUCAAGUGAAGCGCAUGCACAGUACACAGACUCAGUGAAUAGAGGCUGACCGGAACGUGUUGUCGAAUACUUGUGCGGUUCCACUGUCCAGUGAGCGGUCUUGCCAUCCACGAUUGGCACAAAACUGGCCGUUAGCUAUCAUUCGGCCACCAUGAUGAGAGCAACGGGAAUUCGAUGACCGGCUUACUACUUCAAAGUACAGAAGUGCAUAGCACCGGACAAUGGCAAGUGCAAAGACUAUCUGCGAGUGCCUGGUAAUCGUGCUGCUCGCCGGAGUUCACCUUGCAGGCGCGACACACUUUCGCGGCGGUCUCAUAUCCUGCCAUCCUGUGCUGGACAACACUGACGGUGGCGUGGACAGCUCUGGCAGUGUACACCUUGAAUGCCAGUUUCGCAUAGGGUGGCGUUUGGAUUACUCUACGGGAACAGUGUGCAACUCGACGUUACGGGCAAAUCAGGAGCUGUUGAAUGGACCGGGAUCUAAGUUCAGGCUAAGGUGCUAUUCCGGCUGUACAAGGCGUCCCACUGUUGACUAUCUGAAGUUUUACUGCACGGAGUUCAGUGACUCGGAGCUGUGGACGCAGGGAGCCAAUACAUUCCGGUACACUCUCUCCGGCUCUAACCAGAUUUUCACUGCUGCAAUGAGAACGUGUUGCUGGAUAGAUCUUGUGAUUGGCAAGGACAAGGACUUCAAAUGGGGCAUCACCAUGAACAUCACAAAGCGGACCGACACUGGACGUGUCAACAGCAGCCCAACAUCUGCGCAGCUACCGCUGGUUCGUUUGCAGUACGGAUGCCCGCACAAUAUCUCAGUGCACACGGAGGAUCCGGAUGGUGAUCUGGUGCGCUGCCGCUGGGCACAAUCUUCGGCUGCAAACGGAGUGGAUGAAUGCGGAGAUGUCUGCAAUGCCGUGCCUAGUGCAAGUCUGUUGAAUAAUCCAUGCGUUCUACAAUUGCCUGGAAAUCUGUCAGUGGGAUAUCAUGUCGUGGCACUAACACUGGAAGACUUUCCUCCAGCAAACCCCAAUGCACAGGCCUUCAGCCAAGUUCCAUUGCAGUUUUUGAUAGACAUCUUCAACUCCAGCGUGCCGUGCAACGUCCACCCGACUUUCGUCUCACCAACGCCGGAGCACAACACGUGCUUUGCCAUAAAGAAGAACGAGAGUUACAACGCGUUGCUGAGAGUGCAACAUGCAAGCAUGCAUACCAACAUCACAAGUAUUAGCCUGACGGCACCAGUUGGCAUGACUCGCAGCUCACUGCUACUGCACACUGAUACCAGCCAUCAAUACACUAGCAUGAACGUCAGCUGGACACCAGGAGCUACACAAUAUGGCCAGCAUGUCUUCUGCUUCUUAGCAACUGAUAGCACACAGCAAACUACUAGCUCGCGCUGUAUCACACUUCUUGCCGGAGCUUCACCACCAGAGACGGUUGCUGGUACGAUGCUACCAAGCACGCUGGGAAAUCAAACUGCUCCUCACUUGUUUGCAACAUUUACUGUAGACUUUGAUCAGAUGAUAUUCAAACCCACAAGUUUUGCCAAGAUCCGUGUGUCCCAGGUGAAUGGUAGCAUGUCAGCAGAAGUCUACUCGCUGACGGUGGCAACCUCUCCCGAUGUAACACUCAGACAACACCCUGACGCCAAUGGCCACUAUCAGCUCAGGUUUCUGGUGCGCAAGCGCUUGGCAAUCGGUGCACGCUACGCAGUCACGUUUGAUCACGGUGCCGUGGUAGGCGUGCAGAGCUGCACUGGAGGCGGUGUGCCAUUCCAGGGGAUUUCUGAGCCUUCGCCCUGGCAGUUUGUGGCCGAUCAUACCGGUCGGGCACAGUAAAGGAGACGACUCUGUGAGUAUAUUCGCAGAUGAACUUUGGGUUAAUAGAAUGCAGGUGCUGCUGCUCUUGUGCCGGGCUGUUGGUGUCAAUGAUGGGGUGGAUCAUCCUUUCUCUUUAUAUACCUUUUGUAUAUUUGUGUGUAAGUAGGAGCACAUACCAACACGUAAUCUUUCUAAAGCCUAGUUCUCUUUCGACGCAACGCUGACGGUACGGGACGUAAGAGCCUGUGACGGCUGGGGUGAGCUGUAAAAUCUUGUACAAUUCGUGCACUCAAGCUCUAUUAUUGACACUAUUAUUACACAUUUUGACUCAAACCUGUUGUAAUACAUCUUGUGAAUCGCUUCAAUGGUGCCCCGAGCGACGAAAAUCAACAACUUGAAACUCAUCUUCUACCCCUCAAUUAAAUGCAAGCAAUUAUUUUGGAUAAUUAAUCAUUUGGAUAGUUGACAUUAGGAUAAUCGGCAC